ACAUACGCUGUUUCCUCAAUUCAGUGUUAACUCACAUACUGUGUUCGCCAUUUGUGCUUUGUGAACAAUUCUUCUGAAUAAAUAACUACUGACCAAAGAAAUUUCAAUUAAUUUCUGUUUAAAUUGACAUCAAAAGAGAUUUUGAAAAUUUCAUCAAAAAUGUACAAUCAAAUGCAAAGUACAAAUGGAAAAUUCAAUGAUCGUUUUCGGUCACCAUCGAAUGGUAUUCGAAAUGAACCGUACCGAAAACCAUCAUCGCCUGUAUCAAAACCACAGCAGGCAUCUCAAAAUGGCAGCAAUUUGCGAGCCAUCGAUUGGACCAACAUUUCGUUGACACCGUUCCGUAAAAAUUUUUACACGCCGUUGACGAAUGUUGCACAAAAUGACAUUGACACGUUUUUUAAAAGCAACGAAAUUACGUUGCGCGGAAGUGAACUGCCAUCACCAAAUAUGGAAUUUCAUGAUGACAUGUUUCCUGACUAUGUCAUGACCAGUGUACGACGACAAGGCUUCGAAAAACCAACGGCAAUCCAAGCAACCAGUUGGCCAAUCGCAUUGAGCGGCCGUGACUUGGUUGGCAUUGCUAAAACUGGUUCGGGAAAAACAUUGGCAUAUGUUUUGCCAAGCAUGAUCCAUAUUAACAAUCAAGAACGUAGAAAACGUGGUGACGGUCCAAUUGCAUUGAUUUUGGCACCAACACGUGAGCUUGCUCAACAAAUUCAGCAAGUAUGCCACGAUUUUGGAGCGAACGCACGCGUGAGUAACACUUGUAUUUUUGGCGGUGCACCAAAAGGUAGCCAAGCCAGAGAUUUGGAACGUGGUGUUGAUGUGGUCAUCGCAACACCGGGACGAUUGAUUGAUUUUCUUGAAAAGGGAACUACCAAUUUACGUCGAUGCACUUAUCUCGUUCUUGAUGAAGCUGAUCGCAUGCUUGACAUGGGCUUCGAGCCUCAGAUUCGUAAAAUCAUUGGUCAAAUCCGUCCAGAUCGUCAAGUAUUGAUGUGGAGCGCAACAUGGCCAAAAGAAGUACGAAUGUUGGCCGAAGAAUUUCUCCAGUCCUACAUUCAGGUGAACAUUGGUUCGGUGAAUUUGUCGGCCAACCACAACAUAUUGCAAAUCAUCGAUGUAUGCGGCGAUGAAGAAAAACAGGAUAAACUGAUGCGAUUGUUGGGUGAAAUAAAUGAUCCCGAUUCCAAGAUCAUUAUAUUUGUUGAGACAAAACGUAAAGUCGAUGAUUUGACACGGUCAAUAAACCGAGGCGGAUGGAAAGCAUGUGCUAUUCAUGGCGAUAAAUCACAACAAGAGCGUGACUACGUAUUAAACGCUUUUCGUCGUGGACGUCAAGCAAUUCUGGUGGCAACUGAUGUUGCUGCUCGGGGAUUAGAUGUUGAAGACGUUAAGUUCGUUAUCAAUUUCGACUAUCCGAACAACAGCGAAGAGUAUAUUCAUAGAAUCGGUCGUACCGGCCGAUCGAAUAACACUGGAACGGCAUAUACAUUAUUUACCAUUCAAAAUGCAUCAAAAGCCGGUGACCUGGUUAAUGUGCUGAAGGAAGCAAAUCAGGUUGUAAAUCCUCGACUUUUGGAUUUGGUAAAGAAAGGUGGUAAUGGAUCAAACCGUGGCAAAUUUAAUCAACGCGGUCGCCCAAAUGGUGGCGGUAUGAAUGAUUUCCGUAAUCGUUCACAGCAAAUGUCCAACGGUCAACGUCCAAAUAAUGGUGGCUAUGGAAAUGGCGCUAAUCAACGUCCAAUGUCACGCUUCUCAAGUGCACAAAAUGGCAAUGCAUCAUAUCAGCCACGGACAUACAAUGGCAAUACUGGAAGUACAAAUCAAGCGUAUACACCACGAUCCACAGCCUCAAACUAUUCAUCGUCAGCUACAAAGAAUGGCUAUGGAAACUAUGAUGCAUCGUCGGCUGUAAAUGGUUCGUCAGCAAAUCAAUCCCGAACCACUGCCGAUCAAUCCAAGUAUAAUGGUUUCCAAUCGAAAUCAUCUUCAGUUAUUCCAAAUGCUUACGGCCAACAGCAUCAAUCUUAUAUGUCAUCUGGCAUUCCUUCUCUCUACAAUUUACCGCCACCAUCUCUACCAUAUAAUACAGUUCAAUCAGUUCCAUUCAACUAUCCACCACCAGUUUUACCAGUUAAAAACUAAAUUCACUCGAUAAAAAUUUUUCUUUAAUUGCAAAACCAACAAACUUUUUAUGUGGUUUUCAUUUCUCUAUUUUUAGUUUUUUUUUAAAUAAUUCAUACAGAUAUUCGGUUAUUUUUCCUUCAUGUCUUAGCUAGUGGUGAUAUUUGUGGUUUUAUUUAAUCUCAAAAUUACACCUAAUUAUACUAUGCUUUACGUUCAUAUUAAUUUUUUUUAUCUCAUAGAAAUCGUCAUUUCUAAAAAAAUAAAUUGUAGACUAUACUUAUAUUCUUCUUAAACUCGCUUUUGAGCGCUCUAUUUCCGUUUCAAUAAAAACACUAAAUUGAGACACCUUUUGCCCUUGCAAAAUCAUUGCACGGUCGUUGUAGCAAAUCAGAUUCCUUUAGCAAUUAUGUGCUAAAUUCAGAUGGAUUUAAAAUGAUAUGAUCCACUUUAAGAAAUAUUUUUUAUCUACGUGCUCAAUUGAAUCAUUUCAAUGAGAUUCAAAAACAACAAAUGGCACCAUUACUUUACAUCAUCAAAACAUACAUACACCACACACAAAAUAGAAAUAAGUCAAUAUCAAGCAAAUUAAGUGCAAACUAAUUAAAAAAAAAAACAACAAAAACGCGUUCAAU